AUGGGAAAGGCCGAAGGACGAGGUAAAGAAUGGCAUGGCCAUGUGACAGCUAUAACAGUUGCUUCCGAGUAUCGACGCAUAGGGUUGGCAGAUGGGAUGAUGAAGUUGUUGGAGAACGUAUCAGAUAAAAUGUUAGUGCUUUAUUUAUUCUCUUUAAUUCAUGCACAGUUUAUAACAAAGAUUUUUUAUAUUCUAAAUAAAAGCUAUAAUGGAUAUUUUGUCGAUCUAUUUGUCCGUGUAUCGAACACUGUGGCAAUUGGCAUGUAUAAGAAAUUUGGAUAUUCUGUGUACAGACGCGUUAUCGGUUAUUAUUCGUCUGGUGAUAAUAAUGAAGAGGAUGCUUUUGAUGAGAAUAAAGAAAGUAUUAUUGAGAACGGUGAACAGAAUCUUGUAAAACCAGAAGAUUUAUAG